AACAACAACAAGAACAAGAACAACAAAAGAUAUCUCAAGAUAUCAAAUCAUCACAAACGAAGGCACCCACCAAAAAGAAAAAGACAACAGCAAGUGAUCUUACGCCCAAUCCUGAUUCAUCCGUGUUUGGUAUAGGUGAUUAUCAGUUUUUAUCUCAACUUGGUGAAGGCAAAUUUAGUAAAGUUAUGCUAGCUCAACAUUACUUGACGGGUGAAAAGUUUGCAAUCAAGAUGAUUGACAAAAGGGUAUACGAUGAUAGGGUCAUGUCAAGAUUAGUACGAGAAAUCAGUAUUAUGGAAGCAUUAAAUCAUCCCAACAUUGUUCGACUCUAUGAAACAUUUGAAACUGCUUGUACUCUUUAUUUGGUAAUGGAAUACAUUCCUGGUGUCAAUUUGGAUGAAUAUUUAAAGCAAAUGGGUGGUUCUCUCAAAGAACAAGAAGCAAGAAUGAUCUUUCGUCAAGUGGUGGCGGCAGUAGAUUAUUGUCAUCAGAAAUGGGUAGUACACAGGGAUUUGAAGGCACCCAACAUAUUAUUGACAAGAAACAAUCAAGUUCAUUUGGUGGAUUUUGGUCUUAGUAAUAGAUUUGGUCUUCAACGAUUAAGAACUAUUUGUGGAUCUAUGUUAUAUUAUAGUCCUGAAAUCAUCAAUGGAAAGAAGUAUAUUGGUCCUGAAGUAGAUUGUUGGUGCCUUGGUAUUUGCCUUUUUCGAAUGGUGGCUGGAUUUGAAGCCUUUGCUCAUGCAAAAACCAUUGGUGAAUUACGAAAGGAUAUCUUGAAUCGAAAUUAUCCUAUGCCUGGCCAUUUUAGUGAUGGAUUGAAACGGACUAUUCAAAAAUGUCUAUCAACAGACCGAAGGAAACGAUCAAGUCUUUGUAAUGCUUUACAGGGUGAUCCUUGGAUAAAUGAUUAUGGACGACUAGAUGAUUUAUUUUCAGAGGGAAGUAAUUAUCAUGCGGCAAUGUAUCAAUUUGCAGUACCAUCUAGUAUGUCAGUAGAUGCAAUCUCUUUGGAAGCUCGGCAACAAGAACGUGAUCAACAACAACGACAAUUCCUUAGGGAUAUGGAAGAAGAAAAGCGAACUGGAUAUCAAGUACGAAAAACACUUAUUCAUCACGCUCAUAAUCCGGCCUAUUAUUAUACUAGUCAUGGUCGACGAGAAGACAGAUCUUUAUUGGAACCAAUUCGUGCUGCCCUAUAUCAAGAAAUCCGAUCAGUAUUGAAUCAAAUUUCCUUAUGUCCUGUCAAUCACAUUCAAUUAUCUAUAUCUGACGCAGCUAACCAAAAACAACAACAACAUUCAAUCAAGCAUAGAGGAUUAAUGAAAAAGACAUCAUCACUCAACAUUUCUCAACUAUAUCAGCGAACCAAGGACAAAACGUAUUAUUUCACCAUUCAAUCCAAUGUUCGUGCCAUUUCAUCAACCACUGUAGUCUCUAUGACAUCUUCUACUAGUUCACCUACUUAUUUGGAUGAUCAACGUGUACCUUCUUCAGCACCAGUGGAUCAAGCACAAGAUGAAUUUGAAUUGGUGUUACUAGUAAGAUCGGUUUGUGAACUACUUGGUGUCACCUAUCUACAUGAAUCACGAUCUCAACUCAGUUGUAUGCUCACAUUAUGCAACUAUAAGGAACAGGAUGUAUUAGAACGACGCAAAUCAUCGCCAUCAGCCAUCCCACGCAAAUCAUCUCUCAAACAACUCUUCUCAGCAUCGACAUCAACUCCUACUUUACUUAAAAGGAAAAGUUUUUCCAACAACUCACUCUAUCCUGAAAGCAUCAUCCAUUCUCUUGACAUCAAUGAAGAUUGCAAUCCUACUGCUAGUAACAACAGUCAUUGGUGGUUACGACAAUUACAGCGAUUGGCUUUACCACAUUCCAACGUAUUACAAUUAAAUAACCGAUCCUUGCGUCAUUCAUCCAGUGCUCAUAGUAUGCGAUUAUCUUCUACUGAUGGUACACGUAAUCAAACAGUAGAAAAUGAUAAAAAGAUACCAACAACAGCGACAGAUGGUACAGCAUUAUUCUCAAUUGAAGUCAACUUUAUUCCUUCCAAACAAAACACACGAUUAUUGGCUCUACGAUUUACCAAAGUCUCAGGUUCAACAAGGGUAUACAAAUUAGCAACAGGAUGGAUUGCUAGUAUUCUUCAGCAACAAAAAGGUGAUUAG